AUGCAUCACCCCACUUCCUUACACUCUUCCAGAGCUUCUCCGCCGUGUCACUGGCCCUUGAAAAGUGAGGCCUUCUUUUGUUCUCCGCAUUCUUAUCGAUACCGACGAUGGCUCAGAAAAGGGUUCUGCUUCUCUGCGGAGAUUACAUGGAAGAUUACGAAACGAUGAUUCCAUUCCAAGCAUUACAAGCCUACGGCGUUUCCGUCGAUGCCGUUUGUCCGGGAAAGAAAGCCGGUGAUGUCUGCCGCACCGCCGUCCACCAGUUGUCUGUUUAUCAGACUUACACUGAGAUUCGAGGUCACAAUUUUCAACUAAAUGCAACGUUUGAUGAAGUCGAAGCCAAAAACUAUGAUGGCUUGAUACUACCGGGUGGAAGGGCGCCUGAGUAUCUUGCUCACGAUCCAAAUGUUUUGAAGUUGGUGACCGAUUUUGCGAGUUCUGGAAAGGUAAUCACUGCGACUUGUCAUGGCCAGUUGAUUCUGGCGGCUGCAGACUCUGUUAAAGGUCGCAAGUGCACGGCAUAUCCUGCAGUUAGACCGGCGCUGGUUGCUGCCGGUGCUCAUUGGGUUGAACCUGAAAGCUUGUCGUCGACUCUGGUUGAUGGUAACCUCAUCACUGCAGCUGCAUAUUUCGGGUUUCCGGAGUUCAUUCAUCAUAUUGUGAAAGCUUUAGGAGGCAACAUAAGUGGCUCGAACAAAAGGAUUUUGCUUCUUUGUGGGGAUUUCAUGGAAGAUUAUGAGGUAGCCGUACCUUUUCAUUCUCUUCAGGCUUUAGGAUGCCAUGUUGAUGCAGUUUGCCCCAAUAAAAAGGCUGGUGAUUCUUGUCCAACUGCCAUUCAUGACUUUGAAGGCGACCAAACUUACAGUGAGAAGCCAGGACAUGACUUUGCUUUAAAUGCUACCUAUGAUGAUGUGGAUGCCUCGGGCUAUGAUGCUCUUGUCAUACCUGGAGGCCGAGCCCCUGAGUAUUUGGCUUUGAAUGAGUCAGUUGUUGCCUUGGUGAAACAUUUCAUGGAAAAGAAGAAGCCAGUGGCAUCUAUCUGCCAUGGGCAACAGAUUUUAGCUGCUGCUGAUGUUCUGAAGGGAAGGAAAUGCACAGCAUACCCGGCUGUGAAGCUUAAUGUAGUUCUAUCAGGAGCAACUUGGUUGGAACCUGAUCCAAUGCACCGAUGCUUCACUGAUGGAAAUUUGGUGACUGGAGCUGCAUGGCCAGGGCAUCCUGAGUUCAUUUCUCAGUUGAUGGUACUACUUGGUAUUCAUGUCUCUUUCUAGUUUUAUUUUUGUAUCAUUGAUGUACUUGGCACCGGCUCUCUUUCUCCUUGUCCCUAUCUUAUGUAUGCAUGUUCAGAUGUCCACAGAGACUUGUGAGUGUGUACUAUGUGAGGCUAACAGUUGGCUUUUGUAUAAUGGAAUAAAGUUGCCGUCUUUCUUUCUAUGUAAUCUGUUACUUUGGCCAGGAGAUUUCUAGGUGGCUAUUUACAUAGUUUGUUACAUAGUUUGCCGAACAAAAUUAUGCAUCUUAGUGUAAAUGUGUCCUGGCCUGUUAGUUUGGUCA